UUUAAAACUACAUGCAUCGCUAAGGUCAACAGCAGCGACACUAGAAGCAUUUUUGGAUUCAAUGAUGAAGAUAGCCGAUGCAGCAACAUCUUCAAAAGGUUGGUGGAGACGAUAAAAAGAAACUGCAAUAUUUUGAGAGCAAUAGGAAAUCUCGGUAUUUUUUUUGGGAACAAAUCGUUUCCGUUUCACGCGGGUCAGUUGUCAAUUUUAUUGUUGAAAUGUGAUCUUGUUUCGGCGAUUUGGUUGUACAAAUAUUGUUAGUUGGUGUGUGUCCGAUAAAAUCACAAAAACAUAUCAAAUCGAGUGUCCUUCAGUGACAAAAUAGAUGGGAGUAAAUACUAAAUAAUUCGAAGUGUGUCGCGUUAUGUUGGUCUUUGACUUCUUGACUUAUAAAUAAUAAACCUCUCGGGCAAAAGCAUGCGUGAGGAUUAUCUCUUUCUUUAUCAAAUUUUAUAGUGUUUUAGCGAGUCUACUUGACAGUUGAAUGAUUUUUUCUUUCAUUUCCAAUCCGUUGGUAAUAAUUUUAUUCUCUAGACUAGUGCAAUGCAAAUACUGUAACCCCCAUUGACUUUACUUUCUUGAAAUAUUAGUCAUAUUGGGCUAUUAGGCUUAACGGAUUUUCGCAGACUGUCAAUGUAUUUUGAUUUUAAGAGUGUGGGAUUCAAAUGAGACUGUUUUCUAUCCUUUUUUUUGUUUCUAUUCAAAAUCAGCGCCAAUAAAACACGCCCGGUGAUUUUUGAGAAGCUUUAGAAGCGCCACAGCAGAAACUAAUUUCGGAGUUGUCAUGUGUAUUUUGCGAUAAAAAACAGCAGCCAAUCUUCAUUAAAUACCAUCUUACAUCAACGCAUCUGUCAACGAAAAGACCGGUGCGAAAAAUCUGCUCCAAGAUCUGCUUCUUUUAGGGUUAAAUAUAAACAUUUUUUCCAGCAUAAUAGCCGGUCACCAUUAUCGCGAAUGCGUGACCGUUUCAUUAACAUUUUUUGGCAUAGAAAUCCUGGCUGUAAAGGCUUAUACAAUGUCGAAACAAUAGCAAACUAAUUCAUCUGCGAUUGUCCAGCAAUACCAACAACUGUGUUGCUAUAUAUUAACACAAAAUUGGGAUCGUUUCAAAAAAGCAUUUGCUGUUCGAAGAGCGUGCUUGCCGUUUAUCAUUCCGUUAAUCUUUCAAACUAAUUAGUACACCAUUUAGCUACUUACAAUUAAACAGCAAGUUUUCAAGCUUUGGGCAAGUUUUUCGAGAAUAAUAUUUCAUUGCUUUUGUUCUGCGUGAGACGGCGGGGUGAAUAUAGAGUUCUUUGCCAUUCAAAACUAUUUGCACAAGAGUCGUUCAAUUUUCAAAGCUUAAUUGCAAACAUGCUAAAUGAUUCAUAAAUAUAACAAUGUGAAUUAUUUAUCAUCAAAUUGCUUGUACGGGAGAACGGAGUCGUACGGGAGUUGACAUUAACCCAUCCUGUCAAAGUGCCUCAAAAGAUGUGGGUGCUACUUUGACCAAGAUGGUAAUAAGACACCGAAGUAUUGAACAGAAGUUGAGAGUCCUUUCAGGUUUGUUUGGGGAUAGUCUCAUUGUGCCUCUGCAAGAGAAAAUAGAUGAAUGGAAGAAAUCUGUAAACCAUUUUGAUAAAGAAAACUCGAAAGAAUAUAAGAAAGCAAAACAGGAUUUGAAGAAGGUUGGCAUGGAAACAGUUCGUUUGCAUAAAAAAGUGAAUAAAAAAGGAAAAUUUGGUCAGAAGGAACGACUUGAGGCUGUCAUGAAGAUGGCAAGUGCACAGUUUGGUGUGUUUGAGGAGCAUCAAAAACGAGCUUUGAGAAAGGUUUUAAUCGAAGAACGUUCACGCUAUUGCAUUCUUUUGAAUUUGUUUCAACCUGUUGUGGAGCAAGAAGUAUCGCUUCUCGGCGAUGCGGAGAAUUUAUCCGCGUUGUUACAAGAAGCGGCAAGACAAAGUGAAAAACCAAACACUUUGCCUGACGCUGGGGAACAGAUGAUUGAAGAUUUUAAACUAUCGGAAAGUGGCUUUCUAGACGAACAGCUCACUCCUCCAGGAAGUCCUACACAUCAUCGCCGGCAGCAUUCAUACAGCGUUUCCUCUGGUGCGUCAUCUCGGUCCAGCUCCCCCUCAUCGCGCGUGAGCUCCCCUGAAAAAGGAACACUGACGCGCAGUAAGAGUAUGUCAGCGGCAUCGCACAAACCUGCGCCUCCCGUACGUCGAUCCAGCGUUCUCAGCCCGCAACGUGACAAUUACAUGGAGAAACAUCUAGGAUCGUCGCGACUGUCAGUAUCAUCACAAGAUUCAGCCACAAAUCAAUCCUAUUAUUCAUCCAUGUCAUCACUGGAUUCUCAGUCGGUCGAUUACCUGCCACCUCCCCCGGCUCCAGUGAUCCCACCUGCACCUCCAAGUCCAAACCCCAGUGAGAUGAGUCUACCCCCACCCCCUCCCAUGGAGGAAAUCUUGCGAGGGGGAGCUCGUCAAAAGUCUUGGACAGUUGAUUCUGGAUUUUACUCAAGUAAUUCAUCAUCGCUGGACAGGUUAGCCUCAGCACCGCUGGCUCAUGCACCUUAUGACGACAACGACAGUGGGCAUUAUGAAGCUGUAGUACCUUACGAAUCGGGGAUGCCAGGUGAUCCAGAUGGAUACUACGAGAAUCCUCAAUACGUGUCCCAAUAUGUCCGGUCACAUCGUAGUAACAGUGAAUCUAUGUCAAAUUCCCGCUCUCAUGGAACGCACUUUGCAAAGCGCAGUAUUUCCUACAACGAGGCGGAGAAAUUCGAUAGAAAUGACAUAACAGUACAGCAUUUAAGACGUGUUGGUUUCCACGACCAACGAACGGUUGGAAAGGCCGUAGAUUUUAAGGUAGAUUUAAGUGCGCAAAUAGCAGCGAAUGCGGCAGAAGUUGCUGCGCAUUUUCAACGAAAAGACGACCUGGACGACGCACCGCUCUCCCCUGGGAAAUGGAGGCCUCCAGUUGCUAAGAAGAACUACUUUUCACCGCCCACCUCUCCAUCUCGGUCGCCAAAUAGCGAUAAAACUUGGAAGCAAAUGGAGAAUCCACGGCGUGGCUGCGAUAACGAGUUCUUAGAUGAUAAUUAUAAAGUUUGUGAAACAAGCAGUGAACCUUCCAAUAGCUUUCUAUCUCAGAUACAACGACGUAGAUCUCGUAUGAAAUAUGUGGCUAAAUAUUGACAAGGUUUGGUCGUGUGUUUACUGUUUAGUCUCGUGAUGCUCAAUGUGUGUUCGUCUGGUUAUACUGUAUAUUAUGCAAGUGUUGGUAAUACUACGUACGCAUCAGGUCGAAGAUCGAAUGACAGUAUUCAAAUAAUGACCGUUUAAAUACGCUUUAAUGAAUGUGAUGAGAGAUUUUCGUCAUAAGGGGUGUUUGGCUUUGAAAAUGAACAACAACCUUUGUUCACGCUUUGUUCAAGUUAACUAAUACUCGUCUUUAUGGAACUCGCAUCAGAUGCGUUUCACUUUGGACAAUUUAACAAACUUUUAGUUUUUACACCCGAAACGGUAACCAAAUUGAGUGGAAAGUGCAAAAGACUCUAUAAUUACUGGCGUCUGAAAAAGUGUAAUAAUAUUAGAAGAUCUACAUGGAAAGAUACAUGUGGACAAGUGAACACUGCCAGACUAAUACAGUUUGUUAUAUUAUAUCUUGCUUACGAUAGAAUAUUGUUCAUGUACAUAUACAUUUUAAAAUGCUUCUCGUCUUUGGUGUAUGCAAAUUUGGGUAAAAUAAUCUGCCUUGAUAAAUCUUUAUUGAAUUUUAUUGUAAAGUAAUAGGAAAAAUAUUGUAGGAUAGAUGUAAAUGUAU